AUGAGCGAUGGAGCAGACAUCCAUGGAUUUAGCCAACCUACGCUUUGCCAAAUUUGCAAGCGAGUGGCAAGAGCAUUAGCUACCAAAAGACCUUUGUUCAUUAAAAUGCCAACUUCUUUUUCGGACCAGAUAAGAACUAUGAACAAAUUCUCUCAAAUACGAGAGUUUCCAAAGGUGGUUGGGGCCAUUGACUGUACCCAUAUAAGGAUCCAAAAAGUAGGUGGCCCAUCAGGGCAGUACUAUAUUAAAAGAAAAGGGUACUACUCGCUGAAUACGCAAGUAGUGUGCGACGCAUCCCUUAAAAUUAAUGACAUUGUUUGCCGCUGGAGAGGCAGCACUCAUGACUCACGAAUUUUUAGGGAAAGCAGAAUCAAACAACGAUUUGAUGAUGGGGAGUUGAAUGGUCGUCUGCUUGGGGAUGGUGGGUACCCUUGUACUAAUAUCCUCUUUACCUCCGUUUUGAAUCCUCGAACGGAUCCUGAAAUAAGAUACAAUAUAGCUCAUAUAGCUACUCGUAACACGGUGGAAAGAUGCUUUGGCGUGUGGAAGCAAAGAUUCCGCAUUUUGUUAAGAAAUAUAAGGUGCUCCUUAGAAAAUGCCAAAACAACUAUUAUAGACUUAGCAGUUCUUCAUAACUUGGCAAUUGAUUUGCAGGAUGUUCUUCCACUCACAAAUGAUGAUAUGAACGAUGACAAUCAAGCAGAUUCAACUGAAAAUCAAGAAAGAUCGCAACAGGAAGGAAGCAACCAAAAUCUCACACGGCAUGUAUUUAUUGAACAAUACUUUUCCACUCGCAAUUAAUAAAACAUUCAUUUUCUUA